CCAUUUCAUCACCAAAACUUAAAACUAAACACAAUCCAAAAGUAUUUUUAAGCUUUCACAUACGAGAGAAAACUUAGAAAAUGAGGGCAAUCGCAGCUUGGUUUUUCAUUUUCUGUUACCUUGUUCCCUCUGUUUUUGCGCAGCUCCGGCAUGGGUUUUACGAGGGUACAUGCCCUCCCGCUGAAUCUAUCGUGGGUAGAGUUGUUUUCAACCAUUGGGACCGUAACCGAACGGUUACUGCAGCAUUGCUUCGUAUGCAGUUUCAUGAUUGUGUUGUCAAAGGUUGUGAUGCUUCCCUCUUGAUCGACCCAACAACCGAAAGACCAUCAGAGAAAAGCGUCGGGCGAAAUGCAGGGGUGAGAGGUUUCGAGAUCAUAGAUGAAGCUAAGAAAGAACUCGAGCUUGUUUGCCCGAAAACAGUCUCUUGCGCAGACAUUGUAACUAUAGCCACCAGAGACUCGAUUGCAUUAGCGGGUGGUCCAAAGUUCAAAGUACGAACAGGAAGACGCGAUGGAUUAAGAUCAAACCCUAGUGAUGUUAAAUUGCUAGGACCAACAGUUUCCGUGGCUACAUCAAUCAAAGCAUUUAAAUCUAUAGGUUUUAAUGUAAGCACCAUGGUUGCACUUAUUGGUGGUGGCCACACUGUCGGUGUUGCACAUUGUAGUCUUUUUCAGGAUAGGAUUAAGGAUCCUAAAAUGGACAGCAAACUGAGAGCUAAGUUAAAGAAGUCAUGUCGUGGCCCGAACGACCCAUCAGUGUUCAUGGACCAAAAUACGCCAUUUAGAGUAGACAAUGAAAUCUAUAGACAGAUGAUACAGCAACGAGCAAUCCUUAGAAUUGAUGACAACUUGAUUCGCGAUGGAUCAACCAGGUCGAUUGUGUCAGAUUUUGCAUACAACAAUAAAUUAUUCAAAGAGAGUUUUGCCGAAGCGAUGCAGAAAAUGGGUGAAAUAGGAGUUCUUACGGGAGAUUCUGGAGAGAUCAGGACAAACUGCAGAGCCUUCAACAACUGAAGAUCUCUAUUCUACAUACAUUUUGUUGGAACUAUGAUCAAAUCUCGCUUCUGCGUAUUCGUCUUUUUCUUAACCGUUUUUAAAUAAUCGACCGAAGAUUUCCGCUAUUAUUUCAUUUCUGUUUUUACAUUUGGCCAGUGUGUUGCAUUUUGUACUUAUGUGAUUCUUCUUCUUAUUCUAUUGUGUGUAUUUUUUAUAUGUACAUUUGUUCGUUGCUUUUUUUAUUAUGCAAUUCCUG